CGAGCAGUAUCGAUUAAUUGAGUUAAAAAGUUAUUAGGUUUUUAGUCGUCUAUUAGGUAGUACAUUUAACAUUUUUGUGGACAUGAGUGACAUGGUGUCAUCGUUGCCAUUUCCCAUGCAUCCCAAAAUGCAUGGGGAUCAGGCGCCAGCAUUUACGGCCAAAGAGGAUGAAGAGGAGCGCCGGCAUAUACAGAAAGUUCAGAAUGCCUUUCAGUACUACAGACGGUAUGCCUACGUAAGGGUUAACAAAACGGAGGGUUACCUUAACAGUUUGUCCGCUGAAGAUCAGCGUCUGCUCUCCAAAUAUCGCAAGCAUUUGGAUAACGUGCGCAACUGCAUUGACGGCAAUCAGUCUGUGAUCCGAGAGAUUUUGCGCGAUCGUGUCCUCUAUCCCACUGGCGAUGGCGACACCGACAUCGAGCUGGAGGAGGCGCCCGACCAUGUGCGACACGGCGACAUGGAUCAAACUAAUUUUCUUGUUGAUGCACAUGAUGAUGAUGGUGAUGUAAUUGCUGAUGAUGUUGAACCUCUAAAAAUUUUAAAGGCUCAGUCCACACUGAAACUGAUCGCACGGGACUGGAGCGCCGAAUGCGCCAUGGAACGCGAACAGUCCUACAAGCCCAUUAUCGACAGCAUCGAGGAGUAUUACAAGCCGAGCGACUACGCACUGAACGAGAUUAAGAUACUGGUGCCUGGCGCUGGCCUGGGCAGGCUCACCUACGAGCUGGCCUGUCGCGGUUAUGCCUGCGAGGGCAACGAGUUCUCCUACUUUAUGCUAAUCGCCUCGAAUUUCGUGCUCAAUCUGUGCGACUAUGAGAACAAGCAUGUUCUCUAUCCCUGGGUGCAUCAGUAUGUCAAUAAUAUGCGACGUGCCGAUCAGGUCGCCUCUGUCCAUUUUCCCGAUGUCUGUCCGGUUAGGAAUCCGCCCAAGGGCAACAUUGAGAUGGCCGCUGGUGAUUUUCUGGAGGUCUACAAAACGCCGGACGCCUACAACUGUGUCGCCACAUGUUUCUUUAUCGAUUGUGCCAACAAUGUGAUUGAUUUUAUACGCACCAUUUACAAAAUUCUAGUGCCCGGCGGCAUUUGGGUGAAUCUCGGACCGCUGCUGUAUCACUAUAGCGACAUCAAUGGCCAGAACAGCAUUGAGCCAACGUACGAGGAUCUGAUUAUCAUAAUGGAGAGCGUCGGCUUCGAUAUAUUGAGCUCGAGGAGCGGCAUACGCACCAAAUAUGCACAGAAUCCGCUAUCGAUGAAGCAAAGCGAAUAUCAGAGCCUCUUCUGGAUAUGCCGCAAGCCGCCCAACAACUACGACCAGCAGAACCAGAGGCAGCAGCAGCAGCAGCAGGAGGAUCAGCGUCCAAAUAACGAGCCGCCAGACUUAAUUGUGAACCAAAGCAACGACGAUAAUGAUCUCGAUUUUGAGACUGAGGCAAAUCAAACGUGAUAUCGCACACACAAAACCACACACACAUCUUGACCAUAAAACAACAACAACAACAACAACAACACCAGCCCCACCCACCGCUCCUGCUAGCACAAAUAUAUAUACAUACAUAUAUAUCUAGAUAUACACGACGACACAAAGUAGUUAAAUAAACCAAACGAAUUUCAAAUGCAGGACCAAAAUGUAGACCUUAAACUGUCCACCCUUCCCACAACCAAAAGCUUGCUUCUAUAUAUAAUAGAUACAGUAAAUAUAGUGCACAUUUAUAGUAUAUAUAUAUGUAUAUAUAGAUUCUCGAAAAGAACGACAAGCUGUUUCCCUGCUGCAUUCGUCUCCAUAAAGUCUCGAGCUAGAAAAGUAAAACAGCCCAACUCUAAAAAAUGCAGUCUAAAUUGAUUCAUUCGGCUUUUUGCACUUCGAUAAUUAUCGUUACCAAAUUCCAAACUUUAUACGCUCGAUAAAUAUCGGAUUUGUUUUUCAACUUAUGCCUCAGUUUAAACGAGCCAGCGACAUAUCGAAUUGUCGAUAUUUAUCGACAUUUUGAGAUCCAGGAACAUCAUCAAAUCGAUAACUAUAUAUCCUUCGAUUUGAUAUACACUUAACGAUAAAUAUCGAUUCGCAACGGAUUGCGUACUUUCAAAAACCGAUCUGGCAAAUAAAACUAGAAGCUAUAUAAAACCCCGCCGAUCUGUAAGAUUCUCUGAACUAAGAUCCUCACAUUAAGUUAUUAGAAAGAUUUCUAGUUGAGCUUGUUAUGGAGAAGUUGGUAGCUAAAAGUUGGUUCGUAAACCCCACAAAUUUUGGUCAAGAUAUAUAGAUAAACGUUUUUCCUACAAUAUAUUAUAUAUAUAUUUAUUGAACCGAUCUGGAAAGGAUCUAUGCAAGGUUCCAUAAAUACUCGUGUCCAGAGAAUAUAUAUUGGAAAAUGUCUUCUUCGUCGUUAUACCCCAUAAAGGCCGCACAAUAGAGUCCCCCUUGUCCGUACACCCAUCAUCCAAUAAUAGUGUUAAGGCCUUAACAUAUACAUAUAUAAAAAGUAUAGUAUAAUAUAUAUACACACGAUAUAAUAUCUA